AUGUCAAGCCCCAUAACAUCAGAGUACAACAUCGCAAUGCAGGAGUUCACAAACCUGUCAUACACAACAUCUGAACAGCACAAGGAUUUGACGGAGGCAAGGAUGAAAAGGGAUACUGCUGACCUGGAGAAGAUCAGUUCGAAACUUGCUGUAUGCUCACCUUUUUCGCCAGACUCUUCAUUAAGGAACAUUGUUACUGGUGUUGUAGCUGAGGAAGGGAAAUCACACAACCCUGCCAAUGUUCCUGUCGCUUUCAGAAGCAAUUGCUUGUCCCCUUUUUCUUUCGAUAAUAAUAACGUGUUUACUGAGAUUCUUCAAGGUCCAAUUCCAGAAAAUGUUAUACUAACAUUGGACUCUCGUACCGGGGCGAUAAUGGAAAGCUGGGGAGCUGACAAAUUCUACUUACCACAUGGAAUAACUAUUGAUCACGAAGAUAAUAUUUGGCUAACUGACGUCGCCAUGCAUCAAGUAUUUAAAUACUCUAACACUUUACAACUGUUGCUGACCUUAGGAGUGCGCUUUGUCCCUGGGGGCGAUGAUAAACACUUCUGUUCACCGACGGAUGUCGCUGUAUCUCGUGAUGGAAACUUCUUUGUAUCUGAUGGGUAUUGCAAUUCGCGUAUCCUACAGUUUAAUCAAAUGGGGGAUUUGAUUGGAAAAAUCUAUGGCCAGACUCCUGGGCUUCCAGCACCACAUGUUUUUAAGGUACCGCACAGUCUGUCUUUGGAUGCCGAUCACAAUCGUCUGUUUGUAGCUGAUAGAGAAAAUGGACGAGUCAUUGUAUUCAACAGUGAUUCUAAGACAUUUAUUGAUCAGUACACAGGAUUUGGUGAACGAGUGUUUGCAGCAGAUUAUAAUAAAAUAAACGGUAAAUAUUGCUUCAAUCAACAAUAG